AAGAGAAAUUUUUUUUUAUAAGAAAGAAAAAUUGCAAGUAAAUCAGAAACAAAAAUCAACGUAAAGAAAUCAAGCUGCUGUAUAAAACCAAUAUCCAUAUGAUGUACUGACUAUUUAUAUUAUUAUAACAAUGCCUUUGUGUGUAAAUUAAUCGAUUGAUGAAGUGAAAGGAAGUUGAUAAAAAAGAAUAAUCCCGCUUUUAUUUGGGAUAGCUAUGUUCAAAUCGCAAUUGCAGCUUGUGUUGGACUAGAAUCGAGAAUUUGAGCUAUCUUAAAUCUUAACAAAUGAAAAGCAUAAUUGUAAUUAAUUUAAAGGAAACUGUGCAUAAGACUGUCCUAUAUAUUUAUGGACAUUGGUAAUUACUUUUUUGGACGGAUUGCGAUAGAAAAAGACUAAAGCAAAAUAUUCAAAAAUGGUUGCCAAAGUUAAUCAUAAGUGGUUCAAAUAUAUGUAUAUGCCAGGAAUUAGCUCGGCGAUAAUUUUGGUGCUUUGCUCAUUAUCAUCUUCGUCAUACGCCUUCGAUAUGGGCAACGAAUUAAAUUUAAAACCCACAAAAUACUCGGAAUGGUCGAAAAAUAUAACUUAUCGAAGUACGAACGAAUACAAUGCACGUGGUAUGAAACCCUUAUAUGAAAUUACACACAAAGUUAUGUGGUUCCUGAUUGGCAGCGAGGAUCCUUUACCCAAUGGUUAUUUGACGUUUAAGGAUUCAAGAGUGCAAUGGGGACCAAAAGUUGCAAGAAACGAAUGGGGUGAUUUAAUAUUGCAUUAUUGGCCUAUCUUACUUAUUGCGAUUUUUGUGGGACUGCUUGUGGUCUCGAUGCCAGUUAUUGGUUUAUGCUUUUGUUGCUGCCGUUGUGCCGGUGCCUGCGGAGGUCGCUCUGAACCGUUCGACAAAAAACAUGACACUUGUCGCCGAGUUUUUCUGGGAUUUCUUUUAAUAAUUUUAGUCACGGGCAUUUUAUUUGGCGUUAUAGUGGCUUUCGCUACGAACAGUUACAUGCAAUUUGGUAUUGAUGAAAGCACUACAACUGUGCGAAUUGGCAGCAACGACACGCAAAAAUUUCUCUCAGUUACAUCAGAACAACUGGAAUAUGUAUUAGUUAAUAACUAUAACCAACUAUCUGAUCAACUUGAGAAUAUAUUAAGAGAAACCUCUCAGUUUAUUAUAACGCAAUUAGAAAAAAAAUCAAUGGCGAUAUCAGUUGGUUAUCUUACCGAUUUUCUUAGAAAACUGCCUAACCUAAAAGAUAAGCUCUUAAAGAUGAGAGCAAUAACGAAAGAUUUGCGAGUUUACGCUUCUCAGCUUAGCGAUGGCUUACGCGGUGUUAAACGGGAUUUAUUGGUAAUGCUCACAAAGUGUUCGGUGAAGUCCUGUCAGGAUGUUUUAAAUAAUUAUGAAAUUGGAAAAUUGGAUGCUAACGGCAUACAUUAUGAUCAGCUACCCGAUGUGACCGAAAUCAUUAAAAACUUGGAUCUUUUAAUAAGUGAAAAUAUAGCUUCUGCCGGAGAACGGGGAAGAAAUGCCCUGCAAGACAUGCGAGCGCAUUUAAAUAAAACGAUUACCAGCUAUACACCGCAAAUAAUAGAUUCGAUUAACAAAGCAGGAGAAGGUUUGCAAAAGGCAUCUAAUAAUAUAAAAACUUCUUUGCAUAAAGCAUCAAAAGCUAUCAGUACUAAUACGAAUAAAUAUGCCGAACUAACCGAUGAUUUCCUAGCAGAAUACAGUCCAUACAGAUUCUAUUUGGGAAUUUGCGUAUGCUCGGUUCUUUUACUGAUAUUAGUGUGUUUGGUGGCAGCUUUAUUUUGCGGAGUAUGUGGCAAACGGCCUGAUGGCUACGGUGAUGAUUGUUGCAAUAAAGGCUCCGGUUCCCGAUUCCUUAUGUUUGCUGUUGCCACAAUAUUUCUAACGAUAUCGGCUAUAAGUUUAAUGGCAUUGAUACAUUUUUUUAUCGGAAUUGUAGCAUUUAGAGGCAUUUGCGUGCCUUUAAGAGAUCCUCAAAAUGAUGCUGUUUUCGCCGAAUUAGAUAAUUUGAUUGAUUUGAAUGAAAUUUUGUAUCCUGCGAAAAUUAAAGGAAAAACAGCUUCCGGCUCUUUACCUCCUUUUCGUAUUUCUCAUAUAAUUGCUGCAUGCCAAGCUAAUCAAACAAUAUAUGAAGUUUUACGUAUUCAUAAUCAUAUCGAUAUUCAUGAAAUUAACGAGUACCCAUCUCAGUAUAACAUCAAUCAAACUCUGCAAAAUCUUGUAAAUGGCAUCGAUUUCGAUGACAGUAAUAUACAAAUAUUGACACCCACCGAUAAACAACGUAUCCUAGAUUUGGGCGAAUCAGCGUUAAAAAAUUUCGAUUCUGGUCAAUUUGUAGACAAUUUAAAUGAUACCAUAACAAAACAUUCCUUAACAGAAAUUGCCAAUCAGUUAAGAGAAACGGCAAAAAAAAUUACCAGUGAUGACAUGAAAGAUGUACAAGUCAGUUUACGUAAUCAAGCAUUGCAUUUAGAAACUUAUGAUCAAAACUUAGUCAUUCCAAUGAAAAAUCAAUCAGCGGAACUAAUAAGGUUAGCGCAAGACCUGGACCAAACGUUACGUUACAAAGAUCGUCCCUUCCAAGAAUCUAUACCAUUAUUAGUAAGUGAAAUAGAAAGAGCUCAAAAUUUUAUACAAAAGGAUGGUCGUCCAUUUGUCAAAGCAACAGCAGAAAAUUUUACACGUUAUUUUGCUGGUGAAAUUGAACGAUAUUUGAAUAUGGUAGUGUUUGCCGUUGAAAAAAAGAUCGGAAUUUGUGCUCCAAUGGCACAAGUCUAUGAUUCUGGGAUAGUAGCAGUUUGCAAUAACAUUGUGGAUCCCUUGAACGGUUUUUGGGCCGGUGUGGUAUGGUGCGUCUUGCUUUUCCUACCGACAUUGAUUGUGGCAGUUAAGUUAUCGGGCUUAUAUCAAAAGUCCGAUCCUUAUCCAGGGCCUUUAGUUGAGUCAGAAUAUUUGUACGAUGCUUACAGUGAACGCGAUCACAUCCCAUUAGCCAAUGGUCUCAAAAACAAACGCCGCAAAAACAAGAACCAACGUAGAAGAGACUAUUACGAUGAACCCGUGGGAUCAACGUCGCAUGUGGUAGCGACAGCGAAUGCGGGUAUACGCGAUACUCGUUACAACGAUAUGGCACCUAAGCAUUGGGACGGCGGUCCACCGAGAUAUCAAAAUCCGCCUUUGGCCCCACCAGCAUCUGAAUAUGAGCGCCCUCCGCCAUAUUAUUAUCCAGGCGCCACUGAACAGGACUAAGUCAUCUAUAUUGAAAUUCAAUUAUAAGUUGAAGAUUUUUCAGUAGAUAACAUCGUAAUAAACCUUAAAUAAUGACAACAGCAACAGCACGAACAGUAACAUAACCUUGUUCAGUAUUACCGAAAACGAUUAAAAAUUAUAUGCCAUCUAUUUAAAUAAAUAUAUGUAUAUGUAAUGUUAAGAGUAGUCUAAAAGGCAACCAAAAUAAGGAGGAAAAUUGUUUAGCAAACAUAAGCUACUGUUAUUUAUUAAAAGUAAAACAAAAAGCAAAAACGCAAGCCGUUAUAAAGCUUAUUCUCUCUCAGUCCUUGAAAGAAAAGACAAACAUACAAAAGGAUAAUUAAACUUCACAGCACAAGUGUAAUGUUACGGUUAAACUUAUUAAAGUUUACCGUAAAAACACUCAUUUAAAAAAAUGUAAUUCCAAUUUUAUUCCAAUUUAAAGAAACAAAUUCUAAUCUAUACAUUAUCUAAAGAUCGGACAACAUGUAUUUUCGGACUGAGCGAACCGAACCCUGCACAGCGAUGACAUCUAGAAAGUGCGAACUUUUGUAUGGGUGAAUGUGUAUGAGAGCAUGCGUGCGUGCGUGCGUGAGUGCGUGCGUGUAUUUGUGUGUAUGAAUGCGUAAGAUAAUUACACGUUUUAUUACUUAAUUACGCUAUAUUCAUCAACUUUACGUUUGACGAAUAUUGAUUAUUUAAAUUGUAUCUGAAAUUGCUUUUCUUGAAUUGUUGCCUAUUUUUUUUUUUUUUUUUUCUAUUUUUUUCCCAAUUAAACCAACUGCGAACUAGGCUACAUAUAUAAUUUUUUACGUUGUGAAAUUUUUUAUUAUACAACUUUAAUUUAGUAUACUAUUUUCUUCUUAAAUGAUUAAUUAUUAUUAUAUUAGAUAUUGACUAGUUUUCAAAAUUUAUAAAAAUGUGUACAUUCGCCAGCGCCUAUAACAACUGCAUUUGAAAUUUGUUUCAUUUUCUGUUCUGUGUUCUGAUAUUAUUACACUAAAUUUAAUUCAAGUUCAUAAU